AUGCCUGCCUGGAAGCUGCCAUCUUCUUGACAACCAGAGGCGGAGGAAAAUGGAAGGGAGCUAGCGUCACCCAAAUGCUUUCAACAGAAACAAAGCUAAAUGACGGGCACCCGACUCUUAGAGCUGCCAGAGGACUUCUGGAUCCCUAUCCCAUUGGACACGGAUAACAUCACAUCCCUCAGCCCUUUUAGAGUUCCUCAGGACCACUUGGGCAAUUUGAGCACAUUCUACACCAUGGCGGGAUUCACGUUCUUUCUGUUUGUGGCCGGCACUUCAAUUAAUGUCCUCACCAUUGCUUGCACUAUGCGAUAUAAGAAACUUCGCUCCCACCUCAACUACAUCCUGGUGAACUUGGCUGUGGCAAACCUACUGGUAUCUGUCACUGGCUCUUUCACUGCAUGCUGCUCCUUUACAUUCAGAUAUUUCAUCUUUGGUCCACUAGCAUGCAAGAUUGAAGGUUUCGUUGCAACACUAGGAGGUAUGGUUAGCCUGUGGUCUCUGGCUGUCAUAGCCUUUGAAAGAUGGCUGGUCAUCUGCAAACCUCUGGGUAAUUUUGCUUUCAAGCCUGAACAUGCUACAGCUUGCUGUGUAGUCACCUGGAUAAUUGCACUGGUGGCAUCAGUUCCACCCUUGGUUGGAUGGAGCAGGUACAUUCCAGAAGGCCUGCAGUGCUCAUGUGGUCCAGACUGGUACACAACCAACAACAAAUACAACAAUGAGUCCUAUGUCAUGUUCCUCUUCUGCUUCUGCUUUGCCGUUCCAUUAGCCACCAUCAUUUUUUGCUAUUCUAACCUACUCCUAACACUUAAAAUGGUGGCAAAAGCCCAAGCUGAGUCUGCCUCCACCCAGAAGGCUGAAAAGGAGGUGACCAGAAUGGUGGUCCUCAUGGUGCUGGGCUUCUUGGUGUGCUGGAUGCCCUACGCCUCCUUUGCUGUUUGGAUCGUCAACAACCGAGGGAAAACGUUUGACCUGAGACUAGCAACUAUACCAUCCUGCCUAUCGAAGGCUUCCACCAUCUACAAUCCAAUCAUCUAUGUGCUCCUCAAUAAACAGUUUCGAACAUGCAUGUUAUCCAUGCUGGGGAUAAGAGAUGCAGAGGAGGAAGUCUCUACAACACAGUCAGUGACUGAAGUCUCCAAAGUUGCUCCAGCUUAGUCUGACAGUAAUCCGCAGUUAAUUGUAAACACUGAAUCAAAUCAAAUGUUUUAAGAAUUUUACAAUCCAAGAAAAAAAACAACAUAUCACAUAAUUUUCCUGUAAAAUAGAAACAAAUGACAGUUUUAUCUAAAAGCUUUUCUAAUAGUAUAUAUAAUCAGUUUUAAUUUGUAUUUAGGUUACCUUUGGCAAAAACGGGGGCAUUUUAAAGUCAGUUUGUAUUCAAGAAUUCAGUUUUUUCCCCUCUGUUUUCAUAUAUAUAAAAAAAAACGUUUCACAUCCAUGUUAAUUGUUCUUUGUAGUUCUGUAUUUUCAUGUUUUAUGCACAUAGAAAAAUAAAAACAUUCAAGUCUCAUAAGAAACAAGAAACUUUUUUAGACCCUGUUAGCAUUUAGUUUGGUUAUAGUCUGUCUGGGCCAUUCUGGAAGAUAGUUAU